GGCGCAAACGAAAACCUACUCAGCCUCUCUGUCUCUCAGAUCUCGCUAAAUCCAAUGGAUCAAGAACAAGAUCCAUGUGAAGUAGUUAAAGAAGCUUCUUUAGAGCCGAAAACUCAAAUCGCUAAUCUCCCCGAUUCGAUUUCGUCUUCUGAUUCCGACUCUUCUCUAUCGGAAGAAGAUAUGAUAAUCAUCGCACAGAGAGACAGAGGAACCUUCACGUUGUCUCCACUCUGUAACCAAUACAGCGACAAGACGAGGAUUGAUUCGAAUCUUUUCGAUUGUGUUUUGGUAUCUGAUGAAGAAAUCAUCGAGUCUAUCUAUCAGAAUCUGCUGAGAAUCAUCGUCUCGCUGCAAUUACAAGGCAAUAGUAAUGUUUCUGCUGCUGAAAUCUGGUGUUUUGAUGGCUGCAAGACACCUCCUUCGCGGCACACAGACAGUAAGAUGGUUCCUGAUACUUGUCCUGGAGCUCCAAUGAAGCUCACCAAGAUAUCGAGGAACAUUGAUUCUGGAUUGAGAAGAAAACUCUUCUGAUUCUUGAGAUGUUAAAACUACUUUUCUGACAUGGAUUGUUGUUGUGACCAUAUUGUAGCUGUAAGAAGAGCUUUUAGGGAUAAUGAUGAUGAUGAUGAUGAUGAUAUAACUCUCCUGGCUUUUGAUUUUAACUUGUUUUUGUCUUUUGAUCUGUACAGUAUUAUGAGGAUUUGCUAGCUUAUAGCUAGUUGUUGUUGGAGACUUUCAGUUUCUGUUUUUAAGAAAGUACAAUCCUUUCUUUGUUUCUGUAAUUUGUGUUUAUGUGUCCUGGAAGAAUCUUGAAUAAAGUUUUAAUUUUUCCCCUAUUCAAUUCAAAUUUAUGCAUAUAUAUGGGUG